GAGAGAGAGAGAGAGAGAGAGAGAUAACGCCCGAGAGUAGUGAGUAAGACGCAAGAUGGAAAUGAAGCGGCGGAUGAGCUGAAGGCUGCGCGUAAAGACAGAGACAGAGAGAAACUCCGCGCUUCGGGGAGGAAGGAACAGAGAAGCAUUAGAGGAGAGAUUUUCCUUCACUUUGAAACAUGGAUGAUUCCGGAGGUUCUCUCGGCCUGGCCAAAUCAGCUGCUCAGAAACUUUCCGAGAGGACGAAGCAGCUCGGCGGGGCGGUGCACGACCCCGAGCGCCAGCGGAGGAUUAUCUUAGUGAUCGUGUGCGUAGCGCUGCUCUUAGACAACAUGCUGUACAUGGUGAUCGUGCCGAUUAUCCCAGACUACCUGGCUGACCUGGAGAGCGAAAAUGAGGCAAAGACACACAGUAACACCUCCUCACCAAGCACCAAGGAGAACCUGGACGUAAAGAUAGGAGUUCUUUUUGCUUCCAAAGCCAUCGUCCAGCUCCUUGUGAAUCCGUUGUCGGGGACAUUUAUUGACCGGGUGGGUUAUGACAUACCACUCCUGAUUGGGCUAACGGUCAUGUUCUUGUCCACCAGCGUGUUUGCGUUUGCUGAGAACUAUGCCACCUUGUUUGUGGCACGCAGCCUACAGGGUCUUGGUUCAGCAUUCGCAGACACAUCAGGCAUCGCCAUGAUCGCUGACAAGUACACUGAGGAGGCGGAACGCAGUCGUGCACUCGGGAUCGCCCUGGCGUUCAUAUCAUUUGGCAGCCUCGUGGCACCACCGUUCGGUGGAGUGCUGUAUGAGUUCGCCGGGAAGCGUGUACCGUUCAUCGUGUUGGCAUGCGUGUGUCUGGCUGAUGGUUUCCUGCUGCUCACUAUUAUCAAACCCUUCUCAGAUAGGUCACGUGAGAACAUGCCAGUCGGCACACCCAUCCACAGGCUCAUGGUGGACCCGUACAUCGCGGUGGUGGCAGGUGCACUCACGGUGUGCAACGUGCCGUUGGCCUUCCUCGAGCCCACGGUGGCCAACUGGAUGGAGACCACCAUGCACUCCACUAAAUGGGAGAUGGGUAUGACGUGGCUGCCCUCCUUCUUCCCGCAUGUUCUGGGGGUGUAUGUUACAGUCAAACUGGCAGCCAAGUACCCACACCUGCAGUGGUUCUACGGUGCUCUGGGCAUGGUGAUCAUUGGUGCUAGCUCAUGUACCGUUCCCGCCUGCAAGAACUUCGGACAGCUCAUGGUGCCGCUGUGCGGCAUCUGCUUCGGGAUCGCGCUCGUCGACACGGCGCUGUUGCCCACGUUGGCCUUCCUUGUCGAUGUCCGUCACGUGUCUGUAUACGGCAGCGUGUAUGCCAUAGCAGACAUCUCGUACUCUGUGGCCUACGCCAUGGGGCCUAUUGUGGCUGGCCAGAUCGUCCAUAAUCUAGGGUUUGUCCAGCUCAAUUUGGGUAUGGGUCUGGUCAACAUGCUGUACGCUCCGGCUCUGCUCGCACUGCGCCACGUCUGCCAGAUGAAGCCGUCCUACUCUGAGCGGAACGUGCUGCUGGAGGAGGGUCCCACAGGACUCUAUGACACCAUCAAGAUGGAGGAACGCAAUCUGAAAAGGAAAGGAAUAAGCACCACCACCAACACCAACACCACAACCAGCGCUCUGCCCAUCGAGGACGGCUUCGGCUCCAGAUCAUUCUCAGAGGAGGAGUCGUCAGGACCGGAGUACACUUAACAUCACACUCUUAAAUACUCUAGAGAGGUUAGAGAAGGUGUAACAGAAGAUGACUUACCAUACACUGUAAAACAUAUCAAAUGAUACAAGUUCCUAAAACACAUUUACACUGUUUCUCAUAUAUUUAUCGGCUCUUGGAGGUAUCGCUCAGAAAUAGACAAGAAUAUAUGUUUUAGGAACUUAUAUCAAUCUCAUAUUUUUGAUUUCCUAAGUAACAUUUUUAGAUUUUUAUCCAUGUAGUGUUGGUGCCAUAAAAGUCCUUGGAGAAAACAUGUUCCUUGGGAGGUCUAGAUAGUUCUUAGUUUACAUAAAGGAGGUUAUUUUUUAGAGAGGUUUCUACACAGGAACAUUCAGAGAAGACAAACUAACAAACAUUUGGCCUUUUAUAGUAGUGCCAAGAAAAUAUACAUAUUAAUAAACCAAAAAAUAUACCUGGACAACAUUUCUGACACCUUUAUGAGUCGUAAUAUUUUAUUUAGAAUUAAAAUGCCAAGAUGUCAGUGAUGUUCUGUGAAACAGACACUGUAAACAUUCCCCACAGUGUGUUAUUCAUGGGGAUUUUAAUCGUUUUAGCAUCACACAGGAGUUUAUAUCCACACUGCUGCUCAUACUGUGAAGUUUUCAUGAAUAAAGUGACCAGUAUUGAAUCAUUAAAUCAGUCGAAAUGCAUUAAUGUCACUGAGCUGCUUUCUCUGAAAUGUAUAGACAUAUGUACAGAAAACAACACGACAUAUUUCACAUAUAUUUCCAUACGAACAAAAACGGUUAGCUUAUUUUGAUGUAAUGAUUUAAUUUAUUGUACAAAAUAUACUUCAGCUUUAACAAAAUGUCCACUUAUUUAGUCGAUCAGAAUCAAACAGAAUAUCUUUUAAAUCCUGGACUACGAUAUGACAUGAAGUGUACAUAUCUGUAAAUCAGUGUAAAUGGGUGGUGUGUGAAU